UCGAGAGAUUGGCAACCCUGCGUUGCAAGCGAGCAAUCAGCUGACUGCCGUAAGGUUUGUAGAAGCGGUGGUGAGUGUUUAUUUACAUUGCGCUCUCAUAAGAUGAGUCGUAUCAGCUGAUUCGGUCUACGGUUUUGCGUCGGUGACUGUUGCCAGCAUUAGUGUUAAGAAUAUACAUAAUCGUGUGUUAACUUCGUAGAUUCGUUUAAAAGUUGACUUGAACUGGUGAAAAGCUAGCUGCACUGUAGCUCACUAAUACCAUCACAUAACUAUGCUUACUUGCUGUCCGAGCGUUUAUUAUGUGUGGCGCUUGACAGACUCUACAGCCACAGAGUGCAACAGCGGAGUGAGCCGUUUUUAAACCGCCGGUUAAGUAAAUUUCACACCAAGAGCGCACGCUCACGUACUGACUCCCUCUCACUGCCAUUUAACGAAGCGUUAUUUGUAUAUUGUUGACUUUUGCCGCCGCCGCUGAGUCGUGUCGGUGACGCCGACAAGCAGUUCACACGAUUUACGGCAUAAAUCGGCAGCGAGUCAUUGGUUUUCAUUCAGUUUGUGCAAAACGAGCGGCGAGCAAUGCAGUGAUAUAACAAAUAAACGCUUGUUGACGCUAGAAAAUUGGUUGCUCUUCCCCCCGUCGAAGACUGCAGCAGCUGGUUGGUGGUUGAAAAACAAAGAAAAAGUUAAUAAUAAUAUUGAAACGGAGUGGAAAUCGUGCAGCAGUACUGAAAAAGGAAAACUAUAACGACGCACAAUUGGGAAAUGAAAAAUACAUAUUUACAAGCUGAAGGCUGCAGUUGAAAAACUCUGUAUUGCAGGCUGAGAAACUUCACUACAGCAGCAUUUUCAGCUUACGGAGCUACGCCAGCAGCUUGCAGCGAACGCUCUCACGCCAAACGCCGCAAAAGCAAAGUCGUGCAAAAAAUUUUCAUACUUUGCUGAUAACAACUGCUGCUUGUUGAAAACUAGUACAAAGCGGUUGCAGCGGUAAAGACGCGUUUGAAUGCUAAGCGGAUCAGAACGGAACUGCACAGCUUUUAGGAAAUUAUAUUACUUUAAAUUUGCACGUACAAAAAGGAUUUCAGUAAAAGAUUGUGCGCAAGCAAAGAAAUUAUCCUGCCGAGCCCGCAACAUUUCAUACGCAGCAACUAAAAAUAGACACAUACUCCAACUUUUUAGGGAGAGCCAUUUGCGCCUCACACAACACAACGCCCACACGCGCUUGCCAUUCGACGCCUACGCGUUCCAGUUUGCGUCGUAGAGCGACGAACCGCUAAAAGGCACAUCGUGUCCCGAAAAGCCCUAGCAGUGCAACCUUGCGUCUCGCUGCGUCAGUAAUAACGAAUUCGGUAUAAAACGCCACUAGCCGCCUGCCACCAGCUAGCUACUUAACUAACGCUCAUCACUUGUCAAUUUCACGUCAAGAUGUUCACACGCUGUCGCCAGCAACAGCGCCAGCCACAGCCACAGCUGUUCCUCGCCUUCACAUUGUCUUUGCUGCUGUGCGCCACCUUAACGCAAGCAUUUGUCAUUAAGGAUGAUGAGUCCUUCCUGCAAUCGCCCUACUAUCAGACGCAGGGCGAAAUCGAGGACAUGUUUGCACGUUUCGCCAAGACAUUCCCGGAGAAUGCGCGUGUCGAUACCAUCGGCCGUUCGCUGGAGGGUCGCAAUUUAGUGGUCUUACAGAUCGGCAGAAACGUGCAGCAACCACGCACACCGCUCACGCCCAUGGUCAAGUAUAUUGGCAACAUGCAUGGCGAUGAGACAAUUGGCCGCCAGCUGCUCAUCUAUUUGGCACAGUAUCUGCUGUACAACUAUGAGACUAACUUGGAGGUGGCGAACCUGGUCAACACCACGGAUAUAUAUCUGAUGCCGACAAUGAAUCCAGAUGGCUACGAGCGAUCGCAGGAAGGUAAUUGUGAAUCACUUCCGAAUUAUGUUGGCCGCACCAACGCAGCUGGCAUCGAUUUGAAUCGCGACUUUCCCGAUCGCCUCGAAAAUCAACAAGUCACCCAAUUACGCUCGCACCGCCGUCAGCCGGAGACAGCAGCCAUCAUAAACUGGGUGCUCAGCAAGCCGUUUGUCUUAUCGGCCAAUUUCCAUGGCGGCGCAAUUGUGGCGAGUUAUCCGUAUGAUAAUUCAAUCGCCCAUCAUGAAUGUUGCGAAGAGAGUCUCACACCGGACGAUCGCGUAUUUAAGCUAAUGGCUCACACCUAUGCCAACAAUCAUCCGCUCAUGCGUCAGGGUCACAGCUGCAAUGACACCUUCACCGAUGGCAUAACAAAUGGCGCCCACUGGUAUGAGUUGAACGGUGGCAUGCAAGAUUUCAAUUACGCCUUCACCAACUGCUUCGAAAUGACCAUUGAGUUGUCGUGUUGCAAAUUUCCAACUGCCGCCACGCUGCCCGCCGAAUGGGCGCGCAACAAGCGCAGUCUACUGCAGCUGCUGAAGCUGGCACAUGUCGGCGUUAAAGGCCUGGUAACGGACGCUAGUGGUUAUCCAAUCACUGAUGCAAGCGUUGUGGUCUCCGGGCUGGAGGAUAAGCCGAUACGCACCACAAAACGCGGCGAAUACUGGCGUCUGCUCACACCCGGCAUAUACAAUGUGCAGGCAUUGGCAUUUGGCUACCAGCCCAGUGAGCCGAAACAGGUGCACGUGACCAACGAGAAUAGCGAGGCAUUGCGCCUCGACUUCACACUGUCGCCGCUCGAGACGAAUUACGAUGGUGAUUUCCGCAAGGUGAAAGUGGAACGGUCCAAAGCGCCAACGAAUGACGACGAUUUCCUGACGCCCACCAAAUUCGAGCAUCACAACUUUACGGAAAUGGAAAAAUAUUUACGCAACAUUGCCGAGUCAUACCCCAGCAUAACGCGUCUUUAUUCGAUCGGUAAGAGUGUGCAGCAACGUGAUCUCUGGGUCAUGGAGCUAUUCGUCUCACCGGGUCAACAUAUAGCCGGCGUACCGGAGUUUAAAUAUGUCGCCAAUAUGCAUGGCAACGAAGUGGUGGGCAAAGAGAUGUUAUUACUGCUCACAAAGUAUAUAUGCGAGCGAUACGGUGUCGACGAACGCAUUUCGAAGUUGGUAAACACUACACGAAUGCAUUUCCUCUACAGCAUGAAUCCCGAUGGCUAUGAAAUAUCACACGAGGGUGAUAAAUCAAGCGGCAACGGGCGUGAGAAUGCGAAUAAUAUCGAUUUGAACCGUAACUUCCCCGAUCAAUACGGCACAGACAAGUAUAAUGCGGUGACCGAACCGGAGGUGUCUGCUGUCAUGCAUUGGACGCUUUCGCUACCGUUUGUGUUGUCGGCGAAUCUACAUGGCGGCUCAUUAGUGGCCAAUUAUCCAUUCGACGACAAUGAAAAUGAUUUUAACGAUCCAAUUGCUCGUCUACGGACGGCAACGACAAUGGGUCGAAAGCUUAACCCCACGGAGGACAACGAGUUAUUUAAACAUUUGGCUUCGGUGUACGCGGAGGCUCAUCCCACAAUGCAUCUCGGCAAUCCAUGUCCGCUCUUCAAACACGAACAUUUUCCUAAUGGCAUUGUGAAUGGCGCCCAGUGGUAUAGCGUGACGGGCGGCAUGCAGGAUUGGAAUUAUAUACGCGCCGGCGUAUUGGAACUGACGCUCGAGUUGGGCUGCGACAAGUUUCCAAUGGUCGAUGAGUUGGCAAAUUAUUGGCACGACAACCGCGAGCCACUGCUGAAAUUUAUCGAGCAAGUACACUACGCCGUGCAUGGCACGGUUCGCAGUUCUAUCGGCUCGGCUAUAGCGGGUGCGGCAGUUCGACUAGAUGGCGCCAAACAUGCCAGUUUCAGUGGUGUCAAUGGUGAUUACUGGAAGCUGGCCUUACCAGGCAGACACAACAUAACAAUACUUGGCGAUGGUUUUGCGCCAUAUCGUGAGGAGAUCGAAAUACCAGCAGACACACGUGAGAUGCGCCUGGAUGUAAUCUUGAUGCGCGACGAUCCGCAGCAUUGGUCGUCAGCCAAUGAUUUCCGUGUGAUUGAGAAUGUGGUGAAGACGCGCUACCACAGCAAUCCAGAGAUUCGACAACGUUUAGCUGAGUUCGAAACGCGCAGUGGGCAGAUUGCGACCUUUGGCUAUGCGGAGAGCGAAUUCGGUAUCUACUAUAACUCUAUUAAACUGACAGCCGAUAUCGGUGAGCCUGAGGAGGCAAAAUAUAAAAUUCUCAUACUCAGCUCCUUCUUCGACAGCACCUCGCCGCUGGGUCGUGAAAUCACUAUGAAUAUAGCGCGUCACAUACGUGAGGGCUACAAAAUACGCGACACCAGCACCUUGAACUUGCUGCAAAAGAGCGUGCUUUACUUGUUACCGUUAACUGAUAACUACGAUAUAAUCUUCAAUAUGUAUAACAGAAAUAACUCGCUCUGCGAUCCCGAACUGGGUAAUGAGUUAGCCGAUCGUUUGCUCAGUCCCGAAACGGAGAAGAAACGCGAUUUGCUUUUGCAGUUUUUGGAUAGCGAACGCUUCGAUCUGGUGUUAACCUUCACUGCUGGCAAUUCAGAUUUGACUUAUCCCAAAGGCGAACCUAUUAUCGAGAAGCUCGCACAUUCCAUUAAAGACAGCGAAUUCAGCGCACCGCCACAUCAGUGUCCGCUCACCAGCACACGUUCACUGCAUCAAGCCACAACCGAACGACUUACUAAUCUGCUCUACAAAAUGUACAACAUACCGCUCUUCAGUAUGGGGCUCUCCUGCUGUCGUAUGCCCGUACAAACGGAGAUCGCCGGCAUUUGGCGCAAAAAUAUCGACAAAAUUAAAAACUUUCUGCGUCUCAUCGAAACCGGCGUUGAAGGUCUGGUGCACAAUGACAAAGGCGAGCCGCUACGCAACGCUUUCGUGCGUCUCAUCGAUCAUCACCACGUCUAUAACGUUACACGCAAUGCGGCACGUUUCCAAAUCAUUUUGCCGCCUGGCGAAUAUGCUUUAGAAAUUAGCGCACCGCACUAUGAGUCCGAGGUGAAACGUGUGCUAAUCGCAGCGCAACAGCUCAACAAUAUAGGCGUGGUGAAAUUGAACGCCUUUACGCUGCUCACCGGCGUGAGCGAGGUACAUCGCUUGGGCGGCAACAAUGUGGGCAGUGCAACCGCACUAAACGCGCAGACAGCGACCAUCUCCGGCUUCGUGCUAGACACCACCAAUCAUCCGGUGAAGCAUGCAAAGGUUUCGGUCGUGGCGCCACACACGCGCAACUAUCUGCGCAAUUUCACCGACAGUUUGGGCGCCUAUAGCAUAGGCGGUGUGCCGCUGGGCGAGAUCACGCUGAAGGUGGAGGCGCCGCGUCAUGUGAGCACUGAGCGCGCGGUGCAUGUGGAAGGUGGCGCUGUGCGCGGCGUCAUUUUCCGUCUGAGUGUCGACGAACAUGUGUGGGGCAUGCCACGUUGGCUGUUCAUCUUGUUCGCCAGCAUCAUUAUUAUUGUCGCCAUGAUUCUCUGCUUCUUGUGCGUGCAGUUCUUGUUGGCUCGUCGGCAUCGCGCUGACAAACGCUACUACAGCUUCUCGCUGCUGCCGCAGAAGGGGAAAGAACUGUUCGAGGAUGAUGGUGACGAUGGCGAAACAGAGCUCUUCCGCUCACCCAUCAAAAAGAGCAUGUCCAUAAAGCCUUACUAUGACGUCGAAGGACUCGAAAUGGUGCACAGCGAUGACGAGGACGAUGACGACGAUUUUCGUAAUGAUUUCAAUGAGGAUAGCGGCGAAGAGGUUGUCAUGUUGGAUAAACGAAAAUAAACUGUGAUCAAUAAAGGAAAUAACGAAAACACAACAACAACCACAAAACAACAUGCUAAUAGCAAUUAGUUCAAGGCGUAAAGACAACAAACAACAGUGGCAGCAUAGUUUAAGAUUAAGCAUGUACUAACUCUGAUUUACUUGCUAAAUUAUAACAUACAUUUUAUAUACAAAUUUUAAUAUUUGCGAAAUUUUGAAAAAUUAUUGCACAUAAAAUUUAAUCAAGCAAAUAAGCGAAAAGUAAAAAUUUUUAAUUAAUACAAUAAUACAGUGAAUAUUAAAAACAAAUAAUUUAAGUAAUUACGCAAAUUAGCAAAAUGUAUUCUAAAAUUUUAUAUAUUUCUAAAAUUUUACAAAUAAUUUAUUUUUGAAUACUAAAAUUUCAAAUGAUAUUAUACUAAUAUUUUAACUAAUAUGUUAAAUUGUGCAAAAAUAUACAACAAACACAUACAUAUGUAAAAGAAAAAUAUUUAAAUAUCAAUAAUUGUAACUGCCAACCUCUGCAACCGAAUCUCAACGAAAAGUUAACAUUGAAAUUUUUAUUAAAAAAAAUCAGCUUUAUUGUCAAUGUACACUUACGGUAAUUUCGCUGUUGUAAAAAAAA